AUGUUGCUAACGCCGUGGCUCGCAGACUUCUUCGCUCACAGCAACUACUGCGAGCUUUCCCUCAUCGAGAUGGGCGAGCGUGAUGUGUUCCCUCACGUCGGCCGUGACACUCGGAUCAGACUCAACGGAGCUAGAGACGAGGUCUACCCGAUUGUCACUGGUACCUUUGGCGGUGUUGACUUCCUCCACUCCGUCACUGGUGAAGUCUCCGACAAGCUUACCCAGAACGAGAUCGAGGAGCUCGAGGGUACCCUCCAGGAGAGCAAGAACAACGACACUAGCAUUCUGCGAAACCUCUUGGACAUGAUUCCCGAUGGUAUCUUCGGCGGUAAGCACCAGAGCAACCGUGUGGACGAGCUCCAGAGCAACGCCACCUCCUCGCAGCUCCAGAACAUGCAGGUCUCUCCCAGAGAGCCUGAGGAGUACACUCGCUACAUCCAGGAUGUCUUUAGGCAGAUCAUGCCUGCCAUCGAGUUCCACGACGAGAUCCUGCAGGGAAUCACCGAGGCCGUCGAGAAGAUCCCGGUCCUGCCCAAGAUCCUGGAGCAGCUCGAGGAGCAGCUGUCCAAGUUUGUCUUCUCCGUCAUCGCCCCCUUCAUCCUCCCCGUCAUCAACCAGAUCCGCAACGAGCUCCGCACCGGCUCGGCCGAGAUCAUUGAGAGCAGUGAGAGGGAGCAGCACAUCGUCUUCGAGGAUGACCGCAGCACUGACCCUACUCACUCCAUGCUGUCCAAGGACCACUUCACCAACAUUCUGAACGAGGUCGCCGGCCGUUGCGCUGCCAAGACGCUCCACUGGGUUGUCCCCCAGCUUAUGGAGGCCAUUGAUGAUGAGAACGUCGAUAUCAACCGCACCCUGAACCGCAUCAUCUUUGGCGUUAUGCACCACCCCGCCCAGCGCGACAUGGGCGAGGAUGGCGCCCGUGAAGGACGUCAGAAGAUCUUCCAGUUCGUCGAGGAGUGGUGGAACGCCAUGGACAGGCGCCAGCAGGACGACUACCGCCGCAAGCUGAGCCGCGAGGGCGUCGAGCGCGGCGAGAACCACAAGGAGGGCGUCCACGACACCGGCCACGGUCACGGCUGCAGCGGCAAGCUUCACAUGCGCAAGCAGUUUGGCGAGCCCACGACCUGGGAGGACAAGGUUGCCGACAAGGCUGCUGGUGCCAUUCUCGAGGGUGUUUCUGGCGGAAUCGCCGGCCUCGUCGAGCAGCAGACCGGAGUCAAGGUUCCCAAGUACAAGCACCAGGAGGAGCAGGAGGAGAGCAGCGGUGGCGCUGGCGGCCUGAUUGGAUCCAUCCUCGGCGGUGUCUUCAAGAAGGACGAGAAGGAGACUCAGCACAGCAGCCGCCGUGACGACGACGGCGGUUACACCGAGACCACGACCGAGUACGGCCACCACGGCAACAAGUACGGUCAGGCCGAGUACAGCGAGACCCAGUACCCCGGCGGCGGCGGUCGCUCCGAGUACCGCAGAUACGAGCAGGAGGACAGCCACGGCGGACGCCAGACCAGCGGCCAAGAGUACGAGCAGACCACGGAGACCAGACCCUCCUACGGCGGCGGUUACGAACAGCGCACUGAGACCCACCGAUAUGAGGGCAACACCGAGUCCGGUUACAGCGGUGGUCGCCGUGACGACAACGAGGGCGGCUACGGCGGCCGUCGCCAAGAGGAAAGCAGCUAUGGCGGCGGCUACGGCGGCGGACGCCGGGACGACAACGAGAGCAGCUAUGGCCGCCAAGAGCAGAGCAGCUACGGUCGCCAAGAGGAGAGUGGCUACGGCCGUCAGGAGCAGAGCUACGGCGGUGGCCGUCGCGAGGAUGAGGGAGGAUACGGCGGCGGCGGUCGUCGUCAGGAGGAGAGCAGCUACGGCCGUCAGGAGGAGAGCUACGGCGGUGGACGCCGUGAUGACAACGAGAGCAGCUAUGGUCGCCAGGAGGAGCACCACGGCGGCCGACGCCGCAACGACGACGAUGACGAGCGUCGCGAGGAGGGCGGCGGCGGCUUCGGUGACUUCAUUGGCAAGGUCGCGGAGAGCUUUGGUGACAACAACAACAACAACCGCAGAUGGUAG